CAUCGGGGCACUUAACGCCGAGCCCCGAUAUUGCUAUCGCGUCGCGGGCGGCCCCUCCAAGCUCAGAGCUACCCCGCCAACAAUCUCGACUUCGAGAUUCGCGAUGCCACGAUCACGAUCGUCCGCCAGUCUAAGAUCCUGCAAGUGACAGAUUUGAGUUUAUAGAAGAUGCAAUUCGACCCAAAACCUCCCCCAUACUCCACGGCCGACCCGACCUCGUUCGCUUACCCCACUGCCCGCGAACGAUGGCCCAUCAUCAUCACUCAAGCGAUCGAUGAUGCUUACCGCACGGUGGCAGCCUGCGACGAUGCCGAAAAGCAAGAGGAGGGCAAGAAGAUUGUCGCCGAGUUGGUGCAGCUCAAGUACGAGGUGCAGCAUGACCGAGCCUUGACGCCCCUUCGAGACGAUGGAUACCCAGACGUCGCAGGAUACAACAAGGAGCUCGAGCAGCUGGGAAGCAUCACCUGGUUGAAGGCGCCCUGGCUGUUCACCGAGUGCUAUCUCUUUCGCCGUAUGUCGACGUCCUUCACCCUCUCCACCCACUGGAAGUCCUACGACGUAUUCGCCCGCCAGAAGAUCAAGACCUUCCGCUCGUCGCGCCCCGCCGUCCUCGAGCUCGCAGCGCGGUACAAAGACCUAAUCAGCCAGGUCCGCUCCUCCACCAACGCACCCGACCCGGAAGCCGACCGGCUCCUCUUCACCGAGAUGUGCGAGGUCUGCCUCUGGGGCAACGCGACCGACCUCUCCCUGCUCACGAGCCUGACCUACGAGGACAUCCAACGGCUCCAAGGGUCCGAAGCGCGGCGGAAGGCAGAGAACAACAUUCUCGUCAACGACCUGCCGCAGGUCUACGCCCACCUGCUCGCCGCCAAGAACGAUCCCGCCAAGGGCGGCAAAGAGCGCCGCGUCGACAUCGUGCUGGACAACGCCGGCUUCGAGCUCUACGUCGACCUCAUCCUGGCCGGGUACUUGCUCUCGGCCGGGCUGGCCACCACGGUGGUGCUGCACCCGAAGUCCAUCCCCUGGUUCGUGUCGGACGUGCUGCCGGCCGACUUUGCCGCGCUGCUCAACGCGCUAGCUAACCCCAGGGGGUUCUACGAGCAGGCGACCGAGGAGGAUGUGUUGCAGGGCCGGACGCCCGAGAAGCUGAGCGAUAAGGAGGUGGCGGAGUUGGGGUUCUUAUUCCAGGAGUGGAGCCGGUUCCAUGCCGAGGGCCAGCUGGUGCUGCGGCCGAACCGGGUGUGGACGGGCCCCGGGAGUUACUGGAGGUUGCCUGCUGAGGCGAAGGAUGUGGUGGAAGAUCUCAAGACGGGGGAGCUGGUGGUGUUCAAGGGGGAUCUGAAUUAUAGGAAGUUGGUUGGCGAUGUGACGUGGGACCCGACAACGCCGUUUACCGAGGCCAUUGGGCCGCUUGGUCCGGGAUCGGGGCUGAAUGUGCUGGCCUUGCGGACCUGCAAGGCCGACGUCGUGGUGGGCUUGAAGCCUGGCGAGGACGAGAGGCUGAGGCAGACGGAGGGCGGUGGUGACGAUUCAGGGGCGCGGAAAUGGGCCUGGAGCGGGAAGUGGGCUGUGGUGUCCUUCUCCAAGGGAAGUUGAUGCGCCUGUUGUGUGCAUCCUCCAGCGGGGAGCUGUUGUGCUAGACGAGGAAGGAGUCGAGCUUGGCUAGAAGUUGUCUUUCAAUACACAGAAUAGACAAGAGGCACAUUCUCUUCCCCGUGUGCUCUAGCCCUGCUGGCUCGG